AUGGCUUCCACAAGAUACUAUGCAAACCCGGCCGAGGCCGAACAGUUCGCGACCUCGCUGCUUAUCAAGGCGGGUCUGACGAGUGAAGACGCGCGGUCAAUGGCCGAAUGCCUAGUGUUGGCAGACAUUCGCGGUGUGGACACGCACGGUCUGGCUCGACUCCCCCAAUACCUAGACCGCGUGAGCAAUGGCAGGGUGAAAGCCCAACCAGACAUCAAGAUCACAGAAAAAUCACCGGUGGUUGCCCAUCUCGACGGCGACAAUGGGUUCGGCUUCGUCGUCGCCAGGCGCGGCAUGGCAGAAGCAAUCAAGCGAGCUGGAAUCUACGGCAUUGGAAUGGUCACUGUCAAUCACUCCAAUCACUUCGGUAUGGCUGCGACAUACGUCCUCCAGGCGUUGCAGGCAAACAUGAUCUCGCUGGUCUUUACCAACUCCGCGAAGCAGAUGCCACCAUUCGGAGGGAAGGAGACCCUGCUGGGGAUUUCGCCGUUCGCGGCCGGUGCUCCGUCAAAUUCUGAAGUUCCGUAUAUUUUGGACAUGGCUCCCUCUGUUGUCGCCAAAGGAAAGAUACGUCGUGCUGCCCGUCGUGGCGAGUCCAUCCCGCUUGGCUGGGCUUUGGAUGAGGACGGAAACCCAACCACCGACGCAGAUGUUGCGCUGAAUGGCAGUAUGGCGCCCAUCGGAGGCCCAAAGGGGUCUGGAAUUGCAAUUCUCAUGGACAUCAUGUCUGGCGUUCUUACUGGUGCGGAGUUUGGUGGACAGGUGGGCGAUCAGUAUAAGGAUACAAAGCCCCAGAACGUCGGACACUGCUUUAUUGCGCUGAAGCCGGACGUCUUCUUCAGCACGGUUGACUUCAAGGCUCGCAUGGAUACACUAGUUCAAAGGGUGCACGGAGUCACUCCUGCGCCUGGGUUCUCAGAGGUGCUUUUGCCAGGCGAACCAGAACAUCGUCUGGGCGAGCAGCGACGUAAGGAGGGCAUUCCAUACGCCGACGCAGAGAAGAAAAUGUUUUCCGAGUGUGCUCAGCAGUACGGCGUUCCUGGGCUAGCUCUGGCAGAAAGCCCUCUUUCUUGA